AUGUGCCGCUUUUGCCCGGCCAUCAGGGUCUCAUCCGAAAACUCCAACUUACAUAAUGUCUACCACCCUUCGGCAUCCGCGAAACGAAAUCAGGAGGCGAAGAUGGCGCUGAAAAUCAGAUACCAAGUCAGGAUUCGACUGCCCGCAGUCCCUCUGGUUCGUUUGAAUCGAACAAAUAUUUUCUUCAACACAUGGUCUGGUGUACAUAAGAUGCAGACACAAACGUCUAUGCAGAACAUCGUACAUAUACAAGUAUGGCUACCGUACGUAAACUCGGGAAACCGAGAUGAGACAAGACAGGGUCGAAGGUGUUAA